UUGGCCAACAAACAACAAUUUAAAAUUUUGCAGUUAUGUUUUAAGUUUUUUAAUGUGCUGUCAUUACACUUAAAAAAUAGCCUCACAUACAUAGUUUAUUCCACGCAUAGUCACAGAAACGAAGUUUCGCCAUACUAAGCAGACGUCGUCUACCAGCUGGCAACUAUUGCCUCAUUUUCAUUAAAUUUUGUUUUUAUUAAAGCAGCCAAGCAGAAGAAAUUUUAAGGUGAACAGAGUCAGCCACGGCAAUGAUGUGUGCUGGUGUUGUGCGAUCGUGCCGCAAAUCCGCAGCCUUUGACCUUUUAUUCGGCGUGAUCGUGUUCACAACGCUACUAGACAUUUCGAGGACUAAGGACGUCUUCGAAGACGCCGAGACCGAGUUGACGGUCACCCUACGUGCGGGUGGUAUCGAGUGCUUUCACCAGCCGGCAAAACAGGGUCAGGUGCUCGAAGUAGAAUACCAGGUCCUCGAUGCCAACUUUGGCAACAUGGAGAUGCAGCAGAAGAUGGAUAUCAACUUCAUCCUCAAGUCGCCAACGGGGCAGGAGAUCAUCAAUGAGCAGUCCCGAACAGAAGCUAUUCACAGGCAUGAAGUGAAGGAGCCCGGCGACCACACGCUGUGCUUCGACAACAGCAUGUCGACAGUGUCCAGCAAGACUGUCUACUUUGAGGUCUAUGUGGACAAAACCGGAGGUGGAAGUCAGGAGGAUGACGAAUGGGACGCUGGCGAGAUUCCCUACUCGCCCGAGCUUGUCUACAAUGACACAUUCAAGGAUAUCAAGGCGACUAUCAAGAAGGUGCACGAGAACCUGAACCAGGUGACCCACUACCAGGACACCAAGCGCGCGCACGAGGCACGUGACCGCAACGUGCAGGAGCACAACUUUACGCGCGUCAACCAGUUCUCCAUGCUCUUCAUCGUCGUCAUGCUCGUGGUUGGCGCCAUCCAGGUCAUCAUGGUGCGGAGCCUCUUCGAGGAACGCAGCCGUCUGCGCAAGAUCUUCCAGUACCUCUCCUGACAACAGGGCCAUCACAGUUGUUGUCCCUGUCAUCAAAUCCUCGUCGCCCUCCUUUUUUCUUCAACCUUGCCUCCGCUCUGAGAAACUGAGUCUGUGACAGGUGCUCCUGAUGUGGUCUUCUUUAAUCAGAAGUGGUGGUGCCGUGCGUUGUUGAGCUGUCUUGGAGUUUGAGCACUCUGAUGGGCUCGUCUUUCACCGGAAAGAAGUGCCACCUUACUCACAUUUGCUUUGCUCACAGUGCCGUGUACUUUCAUCUCGUUAUGUUCACUGAUGCGCCUGUUAGGUUCUCCUUCCCCUCAGCUCACAGAAUGUAGAAGAAAAAAAAAAAGGCAGCAAGCACUCCUUUUAGGCCCACUUUUCUAACCAAUAUUCUGGCAAUACCUGCUGCUCUUGUAUCUUUUCAAUGAAGAGGAAGUUUACCUAGCAAUGUGCCAUUUUUUUUCUUUCGCAACUACAUGUGUCUGCGGGAGGGGCUUUUUGGCAGAAUGUCUGGUCAAGAGAGGCAUUGUAAUUAGCGUUAUUAUUUUUGGUUGCUUUGUUGAAGGUAUUUUGAGACCACUUGGUUGAGCUGUGCAAGUUGGUAUGCAUAAGGCUUUUCUGUUUCCCGUGUUAUAUACUCCAUUUUUGUACCUUUUGUCUCGUAUUGGUCAUGUUUUUUGAGACCUAUACCAAAAAAGAAACGUUCUUGAAGCUUGUACGAGAACUGUCACGUAGUCUAUCGCCCUAAGUUUACGUUGCGCUUUUAGUAUCUUUUUGUUCUCUUCUUCUGCCUUUUCCACACCCUUGUCCAUGAAGAGUCAAUUCAUUACUUUAGGCUAUUAUGAAUGCACGUAACAGAGUAAUGCAGUCAGUUCUUUAACAUACCUUUCCAUAUGAGCAUAUAUUUAUUGCUUACUGAUAUCAGCGAGAAACAUUUUCAAUUUGCUUCAUUAUAUCUGACUAUUCGUUGUAUAGAGGUUGGACAGUACUAGCUGUGGUAUGCCCACUUGUACCACCGUGGUUAACAACCUUUGGAUGCAUCAAAGGCGAAAGAUUUUAAAGGGACACUAAAGGAAAAUAUUAAGUCGAGCUAGAUUGAAUGAUUAGGCUUGUGUGAUAGUGAAUUCAUCAUUCAUAGCAAGAACAGAGCUUUUGUGAGCAAGAAAAUGACAAAAGUGGAAAGUCAGUGUGGCGCCAGCUAUCUUGAACUAUGGUACCUCUCAUGUGAUGUCAGCACUGGCUCAUUCACUGAAAGUCACGUGGAGGUUACGUCAACUCAUCGAUUCAAAUUAAGGAGGAGCAGCGGAACCUUUCGCAACAAUUUUCUACUAAAAAAAAAGACGGUAUAUCGGCACAUAGAAGACAGUGAUGGACUUCUGGACGAAUUAUAUAUCAAUCUAGCUUGACUUGACAUUUUUCUUUUGUAGUCCUUUAACACUCAAGUCAGCUACUCUUCACUGAGAACUCCUUUGGAAGCAUUGCUGCAUAGCAUGGUGGUACGCAUGAAGUGUUUCGUUUGGAUAGGCAUCCACCAAGUUGUCAAACAUCCUCAUACAGUACUGCCCGAUGUUAAAGGGAGCACCUAGCUGGUAGUAAAGCCAACGUAACUCAAAGACCUCUACAUGAUUGAGAGAGAAAAAUGGCCGACAUGACACGUUAAAUUGACAUCUAUGUAUUAAAAGAUAGUUUGUGUACCUUCAAUGACCUAUUGCAGAUGUAAUCAGGGUGUUUCCUUUAAAAAGUGGAGCAUACUGUACAUAAAUGGUCAGCCUGGAAAUGUUUGCACAAGGAGGUGGCAAGAGCACUAGUUCUUAGUGCAAGCAUCUUUUCACCGUUAGUCUUAUUGCCCACGACAACAUUCCAAACUCACCCAGCAAGAAACUUUGCUCAAUGUCAGGCAUCCUGCAUGGUACUCAGUCUUUCUUUUUUUUUUCUUUUUUUCUUGCAGGGCAGUCAGCAUUGCAUAGUAAUAGAAAGGGGUUCAUCACAAACAUCGGUACAGACAUGAGAACUAAAAGAAAUAUAGAUGGUACCGGCGUUUUUUAUUUACUUCUGAACCAUUAAUAAUGAACUGGCUAAGCUCUCGCAACUUCUUUAUCAAGGUUAUGUGGCUGUACAUAAUUUUAAGGAAAGCAUUCUUUUUAAUGCGUCCAAGUGAAUUAAUAAUCUUGAAAAGAUUUACUAGCACAAGGUUCUGGAUGUCAAAAGCAUCUGAUUAAUCUAUCUUUUUCUUUAAUAGCAGCAAAAAACAUCCAAAUUUUCGUACUUGCGAGAGGAAGCAGGUGAAAGUUGUGGUACCGGCCCCAAACUUGAACAUCAAGGAUGAUGAUUAUGGCUUCUUUGAUAUUUUACUUUAGUUGCACUCAUUCUUGACAGCUAAUGUUUUGCUGUUGUGCGACUCCCUGUUCCCUUUUCUUACUGUACUGUAGAUAGAUAGAUUAUUACCUACACGAGUGAAUGUGAUGCUAGAUUUAGGAAAAUCAAAAUCGCCGCUGUACCCAUUUAGCAAUCGUUGCUUUACAUUGUUCCAAUCUAUCUUAGUUGAUAACCUGCUUUAGUCUUUCACAGACUUUUUUUUCUUGACAUACUUUCUACUCUGCCCCCACCUUUACUGUAGGCUAACACAUGUCACCACAUUGUGUGGCACAGGCUGCCUUUAUGUUGGCGCAGCCCAGUUUAUAAAAUGUGCAAGUUAAUAGAUUGCCAUGAACCUGCUUUUGUGUGGUUUCAGAAGAAUGUCAGUGUUGCGGUUUAUAUAAAAUUUAUCCUGGUGCUGAUAUUAUUCUGAAAAUUUACAUGUCAUCUUGUCCUUCUUCGUGAAAAUUGCUCCUUUUAGCUGAAGAUAUGAAGUAACCAUUGCCAAAUACUUGAAUAUGUACGAAGAGAUUCUUAAUCUUGUCCUUAGUGAGCGACAACUUGCGAAUAUAGUAGUGGCAAAUAAACUGCUACCCAGGUUAUACAGAAUUUGUAUAAGUGCAUCAUCCAAUUAUUUUAGCUCAUUGUGAUGACGUCGUGACGGAGGAAAAAUUCUUUCAAUAUUGGCAUUUUUUAGAUACUAUGUUGUGCAAUGAAAAGGCACAGAGGGCCCGACAGGUUCGGCGUAGUUUUGUGGGCAGUACAUGUACUGAAUACUCACAUUGCUGAGCAUAGACCGAUUACACACGUAACCAGUCGAUACACAGUAUGCACACAUACUGGUUAGUACAUGUAAGCGAAGGUGCUAGUUCAAAGGAGGUCAGCAAUUUUUUUCACAUGUGAAUGUAGCUUCAGAGAUUCACCACUGUGUGGGACUCCAUGCUAGGUGCACUGCUGUCUGAUAAAAGUUAUUGAAACGCAGAAAUUAUGAAAGUACGACAUGUUUAAGCAUGUGUAACAUGCACCGCUGGCAUUAAAAGUUUGUAGACACUUGCAUAUGUCACUACUGCAAUACGUUUUAAUUCUCGUAGCUUUCAAUUUUGUGCCCCCAAAGUUAUGCAAAAAUGUUUGUCAUCUAUUGGCCUUCACAUCCCAUUCUCUGUCAAAAUCCAGGGCAUGUGUGAGCUGAAGACCAAAUGUGCAUUAUGACUCGCCAAAACGAGCCUGUGUUGGGCUUGUAUUUAAUGAAAUGUCAGCUCUGUGCUUGUCAACUUAUAAAUCAUUUAUCAUAACCGGUGUUGGCUUAAGCAUGAAGCAGACAAGCAGGGUUACAUUAGUCUCUUUAGUCCACAACCAAUUUUGAUAAACAUAGCUUGGCCUUCAUUGGCUUGCAUGUGUUUGAAAAGCAGGAUUUUCCUGGUCACUGGUUUCACACUGGUCACUAUGGGCUUUGUACUUGCUGUUACCACCUUUCCUAGUCCCACCAUCUUUGCUUCCUAGCUAUGAUAAGGAGGGUAGACAGUGUGGACUGUUUUAUGCAGAGCUUGUGCUGUAAUUCUGUACUGCUUAUUAGAUAGUCCUAGCCCCUGACAUUUGCAUAUUACUGUUACUGUAAUACCAGAGGUGUAAGUGGCAACAUCAGCAUCAGUGGCAAUACUUUGUGACGAAGUGUUGAAGUACAACGUGCUACUAGCAUCAAAGUUGCACCACUCUUUUUGGUGAAAUAAGACACUUUCGUGAAGAUCAUGGCAUUGCCGACUCCUUUACAGCAGCUGAUGAACAGAACAUAGCUGUGCUUUGUGCAAAAGUUCUGUGUGUUCUUACUGACCAGUGUCACGUGAUGUUGCUAUUGCCAACAUUACUGCUUCAGUCUACAUCUCCAUUCUCUAUUGUAGUUCUGUAGCAGUAAUGACAGAGAUUUAGCACAACAGGGAUAGUAGCGUUGAUAAUGAUGUGUUGUGAGGCCGUGACCAUAACACACAUGAAACAUGUUUCAUUGCAUGCUGCCCAUCCUCCAAGACAAAACAUUUUUUAAAUCUUCAUGACAAUCGUCCCUGCUGACAUAUUCAGGAGCACAUCAGUGUAGUACUGUUGGUUGUUGCAAUAAGUACUCUGUGCUCUAGGGUUCAAAGUCGUGUCACAAGAUGGCAUUAUCGGUGCUGCUGUUCGCAUCUACACCUUUCGGUAUUUUUUGUAUGUGCCUGACUUAAACCCCUUCAUUGUGCCACAGCAGUUUGAAUAUGUGCACAUGUUUAGCAUUUUGUAACAGCAACGCGAGGCAACUUUUCAGUGGCAUUAUUAACUAGCUUGUACACUCUAGUUACUAUAGUACUAGUUCAUAUGGAGGCAGCUGGUUAGGCCAAUACUUUCAUGCCUUUGAGUGUUUUGUAAAUAGGCUUUUUGCUGUACUGGGAAGGGGGGGGGGGUACCCUAAAUUUGCACACGAAGCCAUACCCACAGUUCAACAUUGUUUGUGUGGCAGAAUCAGCACCACAUAUUUGUGCACACGUUUGCAGCGUGUUAUCGAAUUGCCUUUCAAAGUGGCUAUGUCCGUUACCUAGAAUAAAGUGAACACACUGCGUUUUCACAUCAUGGUCCCAGCCACAUCACUUUCACUAUGAAUAUAGUUCAGAAGAAACACAUUUGUGCACGGGUAGUUUUUGAGCACGUUAAAAUUUCAGCAACGUUGGGCCCAGCAGUGUCUCGUCUCGAAUAACUUUCCACUCUUACGCUUGGAGAGUUCACGUUCAUGAGUUCGCGUUCACAAGAGACCCAGAAUCUAAAUAAGAUGUCGGCUUCCUGCAUAACUAUUAAUUUCGGAGCAGGAUCAACAAAUGUGGGAUUGAAAGCAAGUCUUAUCCGCUACUGAGCCUGUUAGCUCGAGUUACAAGGUAAACUUCCACAUGCAUUUCAUUUAGCCGAGCAUGCAAUAAAUGUAAUGAGGCUGUACAGUUCAUACUAGCACACGAAUGCCAAUACAGUUUUGAAAGAUAAAUGUGCAAGAAAUUAAUGAAAGUGACAAAUUGGUGCAAAAGCAGGUAUUCUGCUUUCGUGACUGAACAGAAUGUAAGCAUUUUAUUCAAGUGUGCCCUCAUACUUUCUAUGGCCGAAGGGACGUAAAACCAGCAAUGUUGUGCUAAAGAACUUCACGACCGGACGGCAAAAAAUGCAAUGCAGGGUUGCUUUUGAGAGGUGUGAGUUUUCAUAUGAGGAAGCACUUAUGGCAAAGCUGGAUACUUUGUUUACAGCCACCACUAGGAAGCUGCUCACGGCCAUUUUGUCGCCUUUGGUUUCACUGCGAGUGACUUUAGUGAGCCACUCGGCAGAGACCUGUACAUGGUAGCUGCAGCGGCAAGCAAGCAGUGCAAGCAGAUAGCUUUGCUAACACAAUGGAGCGCAGUUAUAAUUCUAUACAAUACUGUACAUAGGAUGCACUCAAAGUCAAUCUGUGUAUGACAAUACUUGAAGUUACUUUCCACCUCUAAAGGGGUAGUUCUUUUUUUACACGGUGAUAUGAUAAUUGUGAUAAUUGUGUGGGAUUUGCUUUUUCAUUGCUGCACUUACUUUCCUGCUGGAAUUUUGAUGCCCAGAAAGUACAACCAGGGCAUUAAUAAAAGCAGUAUGUGUGGCAGCUAUAGAGAUGGCUUGAUUGGCGUAAACGCCCCAAAUGUAUAAAAUAUUCACCUAACACAGGGAAUAUAAAUGGCAUCAUGUCAAUCUGGCCUGGUAAACAUGCUUUUUUUUUUUUGAAAGUCUUAUCAAUGUCAAAUGCAUCUUGAAGUUUGCCCUUCCCCAAAGAAAAGUUUUCCUUGGCCAUUGUUUUUCUUCCAGCUGUGCAAAGCAAUUACUUUAACUCGCCAUUUAAACUACACUCUAAACUUACACCCUUUGGGUUGUACCUUGUCCUCAAACAAUAAUCGUCAGGUGUCUCGCUUCUAUUUCCUUCCUUGAAAAAUUUGCGCUCGCUACUUUCCUGUCAGAAUGCUAUGUUGCACUGAUAACAUGCGUGCCGUUCCUGGCGCGCAGAAGUAAAGAAAGGAAAGGCGCAUUAUUUGGAGAUAGGAUAAACCCCAGAGAGUGGAAACCUUUUCGUAAGCAUGUACGCGAAAGACAAACAUGUGAGCAAAAUUAGUGUACGUCUGCCAAUAAUACAAGAACACACAAAGCAGAAGCGCACUGAGAGUGUGGGGGGGGAGUCACACCUAGUCAUGUAUAGCGCAUGUUCGGGCCAGCUAUAUCCGUGACAAGAGGCAUGUAUGCGCAUAAUGUGCUUCUCGGGUGACAUGGCGUCUCUGAGCAAUGACUGAUGCGUUCUUUUGUUUUUACCAUUUGUCUGAACAUAUUUGUACGAGUGCUCACUUGGGUCCAGUUGGUACGCGUGGAAACUAAAUAGAUUACCUGUGCAUGGGACCGGACGGCAAUCUGCGAGUUGCUUCUUUCUCUUUUUUUAAUUAUUAUUACUAUUCUUUUUUUUAACUGUCUUGUUUCAUCUCACAUGGUGACACUAAUAACCAUGGGCAUUAUUCUUCACUUCAGAUGUUCAUGUCUGCCAUUUGUUAAGCUGUGUUGUAAUGCCAAAGUGAGGUGCAAAGACCAAAAUAUAAACUAAAGAGUGCACUUGCUCAUCAGCGUUCAACAGUAUGUGUGAUACAGCUGUCAUUCAUACACAGAUGCUUAGUUUUGGUGCUAGGGUGCAUUUGGCACCUAGUUAUACUGCAAUCGUACAUUGAAAUUUCGUGUGACAAAUCACAAGAAGCGUUCUAUUUUGUUUUGGCAUGGUAGCACUCUUGUAAGUGAUACGACAGAGAUCAUCGAAGUUUUUUUUUUUUUCAACCAAUGAUUACUUGUCACAUGUGAAUUACAGCCCGACUUGCCAGUAUGUAUAAAGGAGCUCUGUGGCUGAACAAUUUGCCCCUUAGGACACUCUUAUGUUUGCCAUAGAUUCUCAGCAACUAUGGCCAUUUGAAUGCAAACGUGUUGGUGUUUCCUGUCCUCUUGCUUAAGGGAGUGCAUGCUUUUUUAUGUUGAAUUCACAUUGCUAUAUUUUUUUUUCAUGAAAUUAAACAAUCCUUCUGGUUUCUUGUGCAUAACGUGAAAAGUGGGCAGGAAGCAGAGAGUGCAGCUCAACACACACACGAUCUGACAAGCCGAUGCACUAUCUUUUGUUGAACUCGUCCCGAUGCAAAUUUUUUCCAAUUUCUAUGCCAUUUUUUUUUUAAUUUGUGGCGCGAGUUACAUGUGUGUUCUUUGGAUUUUGUCUGCAUCUAAGAAAGGAUGCACACUUUGUGUCAAUUUUGUUCGAAAAAGGCUGCCGUCAGGCUGUCACGUGCAUUCAACAUCGUUUUUCUUCCUUCUUGUGCACAAGCAAAGUCACUGUAUGCAGAAGCAUUUAUAGCGGCUGGUGUUGCAGACGCAUUACUUUUUCUGUCCCAUUUAAUUACGUGGAUUUAGCAAAUUUGUGUCAUCGCUGGUAGAAGAGGUUUGUCCUUUUACAGUGCACUUGUUAGUAGCCUAUGCGGAUUCUACGCUACUGAAAUGUUUGUCUGGAAAGUGGUUGAAUGCCUAUACUAAAGGAUGUCCGGAAAGCCAGUUGCGAUUUAAAACUUUUUAGUUUAUAAAACAGCAAGCCAAUCUUGCCACAACCAAUUCUAUGCCGGAGUAAAGUAACAAUGCCAUUCCAACUCUAUUCCUGUUCCAUGUUUUAUCAGUGGUCCGAGCGGCACCAGGAUUGGCUUGUCAUGAGCAGCAGUUGACAUCAAAAGGAAUAGAAUUGAGCUAAAUGUAGCCUUGCGCUAUACUGGCCCUAUUUUACAUAACGAAUAGCAUUUUAACAGUGCAUUAAACUACUGCAUCCACCGCUGUGUUGACAACAGGUGUGUACAGAUGCUUUUACAGCAACUACAGAUUUCUGUGGACUCUCCAUCAGAACGUUCACAAGGGCAUGCAAGAUUUGUGGCUAUGGAUGAUCGAAAGAAAGUCUUGACUCAAUAAAUUUGUUGCUUCAGCCAGCGCCGACCAGGAAAAGUCAUGCGGCAUGGAAAUUCAGGAUUGGGGCAGUUUUGAGCUUACAAAAAUUUGAAAUUGACUUUCUGGGCAUCCUGUAGCGCGGCGACUCUGAUGUACCAAAGAUGUAUGGACAGGCAUGACUGGUUGUAAUGUAUUGUCCACGUAAUUGUACGUGCAGCAGUAGCAGCAGCCAUCAUUUGUCAUUGCGAAAAAGCAUGCUCUUUAUUUUGUCGAGAGCACAAUAAACUCUGUGAUUCAAACCAA